ACCAUAGCCGCAUAAUGUUUUCCACCACCCACUAAUCUUUCUGUCUCAAAAUUUUCUCUUUUUUAAUUUAACAACAAUGGAAGCAUCAAAGAUGAAUUUUUUGGUGGCAGUUAUGGUUGCUAUGUUGAUGAUAGCAAUAAGUGGUGUUUCAGCUGCUGAUGCACCAGCUCCAAGUCCAGCUUCUGAUGCUACUACACUUUUUGUUCCAACUGCUUUUGCUUCUCUCAUAGCUCUUGCAUUUGGGUUUUUGUUUUGAUUUGUGAAGUUUCAUUUGUGCAUAGGAUGUUAUGUUUGUGCUUUUUUUGUCACUUCACUGCAGUUUGUUGUGAGGAAGUGAAAAUUAAGACAUGGGUUAUUUAGUUUUGUUUGGAAUAUGAAUUAUUACUUACUAAUAAUUUAUUAUUUGUGUCAUUUAUAUAAUGAUAUAUUCUUAUGUAACACAUUCAUUUUAUCAUUGUACUAGUACUUUUUUUGUUGGUUUGACAUGUAAUAUUAUUGUGAUUGUUUGCUUCCACUCA